AUGGGAACGGGUCAAAAUCGUGAUCAAUUUUGGUUACGUAUCACGAAGCAGUUUUGUAAGGGAAUGGGUCGAGAUCCAGAUUAUUGGACCUCCGACCAAUGUAACUCGAAAUGGAAUGUUAUGAAAAAACUAUUGAAACAUUGGAAUGGAAUUUACACAAACUUUGAAAAACAAUGGGUUAGCGGAGAAAGUGAAAACGAGUUUGUUGUAAAAACGUACGCUACAUUCCAAGAUGAUAUGCUAAAGCCUUUGAAGUUUAUUUAUGUGUGGCAAGUUGUCAAAAUAAACAUUAGAUGGAGGGAACUUGCAACACAUGAAGAAAUUACUAAUCCGUCAAAAAGAAGCCGAACAUCUUCAUAUUGGAGCUCACAACAAGUGUCAACGGAUGGUCACGUAGGCGUUAAUCUUAAUGAUGGCACAACAAAAGCUCGAGCAAGAGGAAAAGGGAAAGGGACAACGACAUCUUCAAAUUCUUCGAUCAGAACCAAACGGUCAACAAGAUCGGAGGAAAUGAUGGCACAAAUGGCACAAUUGAAUUCAACUUUUGAGAGGCAUAUGGCUGAAACCAUCCGACUCACAGAAUGUUCGUUGUUAAUGCAAGAUGAGCGACACAUCGACCCUGAAGAUCAAGAGGCGGCUAAAACGGUGAAGGUGUCGAUUCGCAAAAAACAUAAGCUAAACAUCAAAUGA